GGUCAGUUCCAAACCGCCAAUUACGGUACGCUGUUCCGCGAGACACCGAUAGUUCUCGCUGCCGGAGUCAUAAACUCAUCUUCAAUAUAUUUAUUGAAAAGGACAAUCAGCAAAAGAAAAUCGCUUGCCCCGCCCGACGGAAUCCGAAAGUGGACGACUUCCCUGGUUUUCCUUGCACGCUUAAAAGUGGGAACCCUCACGACCGGUCCUCGAGGAACAAAACGUUUUCUUUGAUAAAGAUCGACAAUGAAGGCAUCGUCUUCCAUUCUGGCUCUUAAAAGAUGUGUUUUUUGCUAGUGUUCUUUGUUAGGUUUAUACAGAGCGUAGACGACGAUUCAGGCGAUUUCUAGGGCUUGGUUUUUAGUUCGUUUUAUUUGGGUUAGUUAGUUACUGCCAUGAGGAUUACUGAACUGGAGGGAGGAGGUUUGGAGAAGUGUGAUGAGAAUGAAAUCGUGACGGUUUGCGCGAAGAGAGUGCUGGUUGGAGCAGGGGCGAGGGUUCUUUUCUACCCGACCCUUCUGUACAAUGUCAUCCGCAAUAAGUUUCAGGCUGAAUUUCGUUGGUGGGACGAAGUUGAUCAGCAUCUUUUGCUUGGUGCUGUUCCUUUUCCAAAAGACGUUCUUCAUUUACAGGAGCUUGGAGUUCGUGGUGUUGUUACUCUUAAUGAACCAUAUGAGACGUUGGUACCUUCAUCUCUCUAUAAAGCUCAUGGAAUUGAUCACCUUGUGAUUCCCACCAGAGAUUACCUCUUUGCUCCUUCAGUUGUCGACAUCUCCAGGGCUGUCAAUUUCAUUCACAGGAAUGCCUCCUCUGGCAGAAGUACUUAUGUUCAUUGUAAGGCCGGAAGAGGACGUAGUACCACUAUUGUUUUAUGCUAUUUGAUAAAAUAUAAGAACAUGACACCUACUGAUGCCUUCGAACAUGUUCGAUCCAAAAGGCCUCGAGUGCUUUUAGCUCCAUCGCAAUGGCAGGCGGUUCAAGAAUUUGGAAAGCGCAAGACACAAUUUCCUCCACUUUCACGGAAAUGUUCCACCGCGAGCGACGCCAUCCUGAUAACUGAAGCUGAUAUUCAAGGUUAUAAAACCAACGAGGAUUGCUUUGAAAAUCAGGCGAUUAUACUGCACUCCCCGGCAAAAUUUAAGCCGCCAGUCCUCUCGCAGCUGGGUUUCACAAUAGGAGAUGAGGUUUUGAUCACAUACGAAGAUUUGGAAGGCUAUGACAGCAUCGCCGACGAAGCUUCUGAAGAUCGAAGAAACAAAAUUGCAGGCGCCGGCCGGCCUAUGGUUUCGAAGCUUUCCUGCUUCUUUUCAACGCUCAAAAUUUCACCCAGCAGCCUUUUCCCUUCUAACCGGCUCCAAGAAGUCCAAGCUUGCUAGCUUUAUUUUAUAUUUAGCAGUUUGGUUGGGCAUUUUUUUUUUGUCCAUGGAGUUGUUGGAAAGGAAGAGUGCAAAAAAAUUAUCUUUUUUUCAAAUUGUAUGUUUUCAUCAAGAGAUUUGGAUUUUCCAGGAAGUAAGAACAAUAAAUGUUGUUAUUAUGCGUCUAAUUAUUGAUGCAUGUUGUGUUAAUCAUGUGGUUAGUUUUAGUUGAUAUUUUUAUGUUGAA